AUGGAUCCUUUUCAGACAUUUUCAGCGCAGUUUAAUCCUCAAUUAUAUGAAAGUAGCAAUGUUCCACCAUCAAGUGACAAGUUAUUCUCUUUCAGUGGUUAUCAAGCUGGCUUAAUGACAGGCACAUCUAUACCCCCCACUGCAAAUACCAAUAACGGAGACCGAUACAUUGGUAUGUACGCAAACACUGGCUUUGACAUGUUGUCUAUUCUCUCGCGUGUAGCUAAUAGACCUAACCCUCAGAUCAACUUGGGGCCCGUCGAUCUAUCAUGUGCAUUCGUAGUUGUAGACGCAAAACAAUAUGAUUUUCCCCUUGUUUAUGUUUCGCCUAUGUUUGAAAAAUUGACAGGAUACGCACCAAGUGAGGUUAUCGGCCGCAAUUGUCGGUUUUUACAAGCACCUGAUGGAAACGUAGCCAUUGGUUCAAGAAGAAAAUAUACGGAUAAUACGACAGUUUAUCACAUCAAGACUCAUUUGAUACAAGGAAAGGAGUCUCAGUCGAGUAUUAUUAAUUAUCGAAAGACUGGACAGCCAUUUGUCAAUCUGUUAACUGUAAUACCUAUCUCUUGGGAUUCGGAUGAAAUAGAUUAUUUUGUGGGACUGCAAGUAGACUUGGUUGAACAGCCAAAUGCUAUAUUUCAAAAUAUGAAAGAUGGAACCUAUGCUGUAAAUUAUAGAAGCAGCUCUAUUCCACAAAGUAUACACGGUAAAUUGUCUAUAACCAACAACAACGAUUUGAUGCUACCUAUAGAAGAUACAGUGAGUGAACCGUUCGUUGGUAAUGAGCGACCUUUGAAUAUAGAAGGACUGGUGAAAGAAUCUAGCACUGACGAAGGAAAGUUCAAGCGAUGUUGGCAUGAAUUAUUACUGGAUCAGAGUCCUGACUUUAUCCAUGUGUUGACUAUUAAAGGAAUAUUUCUUUACUGUUCUGAUUCUUCGCAACAAUUGCUAGAAUACGACCCCACAGAGCUAGUAGGCAAGUCCUUGAAAGCGGUCUGUCAUCCUUCCGAUAUAACCACAGUGAUGCGAGAAUUAAAGCAGUCGUCGAAUGAUUCAAACGAACCAGUGAAUCUGAUAUAUCGCAUACGCCGAAAAAAUUCUGGAUAUAUGUGGAUUGAAUGUUGUGGUAAGCUACGUAAUGAAGAUGGACGAGGCAGGAAGUAUGUGGUGCUGUCCGGGAGAGAACGAUCUAUCUACCAACUCCCACGUGGUGCUCUUGAUGUUGGGAACAAAACUCAUACUAGUCGACCCUAUAAUACGGAAAAGACAACACCUGGAGCAGAAGAUCAUGAAUUUUGGGGAAAGCUUAGUAUGGAUGGUCUGAUUCUUUAUAUAACCUCGACGUGUACAAACAUUCUUGGAUUACGCCCAGUUGAAGUCGUCGGCACGUCUUUGUAUCAAUUGAUGCGUAGCAAUCGAACCACUGAUCUUACACGCGCACUAGCAGAAGUGAAAGAAGGCAAGAUUGCCUAUCUGAGACAUGCACUGCUGAACAAUGCCGGAAUGGAAGUGAUGGUAGCCACCACUUUUUAUCCAGAUGGUAAACCAUCCUGUAAAGAAGAACCAUCUUUUGUUUUAAUGCAGACAAGGGUUGUGGAUGAUGAAACAAUACUAACAGAUGAGGAACCUGUUUUUGUAUCCAUAGAUACUGAUAUCAAAAAGAAGGGCCGUUCUGAUCAAUCUCUGCUGGGUUACGAUGCAGCUCAAAAAGCGAUCUCUGUUGAAAGGAUGAUUGAUGAACUGGAUAUCAACAGAAACGCGAAUUGGCAAUAUGAAUUACAUCAGUUACGUAUAAGCAAUAAAAAGCUGCGGGAUCAACUAGGAAUGUUGCUACAAAAAGCCAAAGAGGUAAAAAUUAAAAUUAAGAUAAAGAUAGGUUCUGAUUACUUUCUUUUGACAGAAUGGUGA